UUCAAAACGUGAAAGUGUCACUUUUCGACAUGGCUUUCGAUUUGUAUUGUAUCUAAUUUCGUGUUUCAAUUUGUAAGGAGCUGUGCCAUGGUGUACUGUAUCGCGUGAAUGAUUAUGGCGAAUAAUAUGUAACAACUCCUUUUGCUUUGAAAUAAAGGGUGCGCGUCCGUAGUCAGUAAAUACCGGCGUUUACUGGUGUAUUAUGUUCCUGUGAGGCUUACAAUGGUUGUUGGGUGUUUAUAAAUGGCAAUAGUUUAUUUGUGUGGUGUGUAGUGUGGGACGGCAAUGGAUCGUCGGUGUUCCCAGUCGGUUCGGACGCUUGUUUUCGACGAUUCGGACACAGACCCUCCCAAGGGGGUCCCGAAGAAGGACCUGGGGGCGUCAGGGGCACCUUCGUCGCUAAACCAGAGUGCGGAAGAUGCGAGCAAAGCGCGCACUAACUUGGUGCGCAUGCGCCGAUCCGCACUCGGCAAGUCCGCGCCCACGCUGUCCAUCCAUGUCAAAGAGCCAUGCACGGUUUCACGACGUCCGUCCCGUUUGCCGCCGCCGACACCGCACCACAGACUGUCGCUUGUGGUGGGGUCCGGGCGCUGCAGCUCACCGGGCACGGGCCCCCUGUCCCCCGCGGAGGGCCCACGUUGGCACGCCCACCACGCGCACCCACUGCACCACGCUCUCCUGUCGUCAAGCGUGAAACGGGGAAAGGAGUUAGAUGGUCGUCGGUGGUCGGUGGCUUCGUUACCGUCUUCCGGCUACGGCACCACGCCGGGUAGCUCGAGCCUUUCAUCGCAAUGCUCGUCGCAGGAGAGGUUGCUAGCGGCGCAGGCGGCGUGCGAACCACCGCGCGCGCCUUGUCCGCACUGUCAUCACCAGAACUCCCUCAACAGCUCGCAGGGCAGCGGCAUGAACUGGGCUUCGCUGUCCGACAGCGGCGGCAGCGGUCACGCCGCCCGCGCGCCCUCCCCGCGCGCCGUGCCGCGCCGCGUGCGCAGUCGCAGCCUCAGUUCACCGUCGCGUUCGCCCGGCGGCGGUAGCGGCGGCUCAGAGAGCGGCGCGCGCGAUGACGCUGUGUCGGCAAUGUCUGCGCUUUUCGCCGCGCGCUUCCCCGCCGCGCAGAAGGCUAUGGACGAUAAGCUCAAGACACUGAUAGAGGAGCUGACAGAGUUGGAUAAGAAGCAAGAUCGCCCGCCCAUUGAGAGAUUUGUACAGAGACAGGUUUUGGAGAUGGCACGAGACUGUCUGCACAAAUCUGAGUCAAAGCAAGUCACCAGCACAUACUUCUACGACAUGGCUGACAGUUUGGAUAGAUUGUUGGCUGAGACUCGUGAAAAGUCAGCGGAGGCUGGUGGCAAGGUGGCGCCGCUGGUGACGCGGCUGACGCUGGCGAUGGCGCGGCCGGCGCGCCUGCUGGAGUGCCUCGAGUUCGACCCAGAGAGGUUCUACCGCCUGCUGGAGGCCGCUGAGGGACAUGCGAGGCACCUGCAGGGCAUAUCGACAGACAUACCGCAGUACAUCAUCCACAAGCUGGGCCUGUCCAAGGACCCGCUGGCCGAGCUGCACGUGCCGCCGCCCCCGCCGCCACCACCCGCGCCCCUCACCGCCUCGCCCUCCAAGAUCCGCGGUAGACAGUCCCCGCCCGGAGGCCCGGGCUCCGGCACGGGCGCGCCGCCCAGCGAGAGCGACUACCAGGUCAUCAAGCUGAUCUCCAACGGCGCCUACGGAGCUGUCUACCUUGUCAAACACAAGCAGACCAGGCAAAGGUACGCAAUGAAGAAAAUAAGCAAGAACAAUUUGAUAUUAAGAAACCAAGUCGAGCAGGCGUUCGCAGAGAGAGAUAUUUUGAGUUUCGCGGACAACCCUUUUGUGGUGACGAUGUACUGCUCGUUCGAGACGAAACGCCACCUGUGCCUCAUCCUCGAGUUCGUGGAGGGCGGCGACUGCGCCACGUUGCUGCGCGCGGGCCCGCUGCCGCCGGACAUGGCGCGCCACUACUUCGCCGAGGCGGUGCUCGCCGUCGAGUACCUGCACUCGUACGGGAUAGUGCACAGGGACCUCAAGCCGGACAACCUGCUCAUCACCGCAACGGGCCAUAUAAAGCUCACUGACUUUGGACUCAGCAAAAUGGGUCUCAUGUCAUUGGCAACGAACCUCUACGAGGAGUACGCGGACCGCGAGGCGCGGCAGUUCUCUGAUAAGCAGGUGUGCGGCACGCCCGAGUACAUCGCGCCCGAGGUCAUCCUGCGACAGGGUUACGGCAAGCCGGUAGACUGGUGGUCGAUGGGCGUCAUCCUUUACGAGUUCAUAGUGGGCUGCGUGCCGUUCUUUGGCGACACCCCGGAGGAACUCUUCGCUCACACUGUCAACGACGACAUAGAGUGGCCAUCAGAAGAGGAUUUCCCCAUAGCGGUGGAAGCGCGCGCCAUCAUCACGGAACUGUUGGCUCGCAACCCGCGCGACCGACUGGGGACUGCGGGCACGCAUCAAGUCAAGGAUCACAUAUAUUUCUACGGACUCGAUUGGAAUAAUCUUCUGAGACGGAAAGCUGAAUUCAUACCUCAGUUGGAAAAUGACGAGGACACCAGUUAUUUCGACAGCCGCUGCGACCGCUACAACCACAGCGAGGUGGAGACGGACGAGGCGGCGGAGACGCACGAGGCGGACGAGGCGGGGCUGUUCGCCGCCUUCUCGUCCACGUCGCCGCAGUGGCGUCGCCACUACCACCACUCGCACUCCGCGCUCUCGCACGACUCGCGGAGUACAGACAGUUGGCCCGGCACGCCCGACAGCGCUGGCCCGCCCACCACGCCCACCGCUCCGUUACACCAUCACCCCAAGUGUCCGAUGAUCGGCACCGGCGGCGGGUCGACGGCGGAGUCGUCUCAGACGGACUCGGACGACGUGUCGCCGGCCGCGCGCCGCCGCGCCGCGCUGCGUCCGCUGGCGCACGCGCACUCGCACUCGCACGCGCACGCGCACGCACACCCGCACCCGCACCCGCUGCACGCGAGCCACGUCGCGCCCUUGCCGAGACUACCGGACGCGCCGAAAAAAGAAGAAAAAGGUGUCGACAAGCCGGAUAAAGCCGACAAGAGCAAGCCGACCGCGCUCGCCGCGCCCAAGUCCAUGCGUCGCUCGGCCAGCACCUCGGGCCUGUCGCUCGUCAUACACCCAGCGGAAGACAGCCUGGUGCUAGGCGGCGCAGCGUCACCGUGCGCCGGCAACACGUCGUCGACCAACUCGUCGCGCGACUCGUCGCCGUGUCGCGACCCGCCCUCGCCCUUCGCCACUGCUAACCACUCACUGAUCCAAUCGUCGAAGCCGCCGAUCGUGGUGCGGCGCGGGCCGCGCGGGUUCGGCUUCACCAUCCACACGGUGCGCGUGUACUACGGCGACAGCGACUACUACACCAUGCACCACCUCGUCUCCGCUGUGAGCGAGCAAGGCGCGGCGUGGGCGGCUGGACUGCGGGCGGGCGACCUCAUAACUCAGCUCAACGGCGAGUCCGUGCAGGGACUGCUGCAUACACAAGUCCUGAGGCUUUUGCUGGCGGCGCCUCAUGCCACGCUACGAGCUACGCCGUUGGACCAGACUACUAUACAGGCGGGUGGUCGGCGGCGCGCUGGCGGCAGACGCGCAUCUGCACCGCCCCGCCCGCGCCCGCGGCGACGAUGCUCCCUUUUCCGAAGGAUUUCCACAAAGAGAGCUUCGCAGGAAAUGCACCAGAUGGUGUCGGCUGGUUCGAGCGAGCUGCCGUCGCCGACCGUGUCACCGGCGGCCGACUCGCCGCUGCACACCACCCACCCUACCACGCACUACCAACGGCCAUCGUCCCUGCACGGUCUGAAGCACAAGCUGGGCGGGCCCGAGGUGCGGCGCGCGUCGCUGCAGCACAUGCCGCUGUCGCCGCUCGCGCGCACGCCCUCCCCCUCGCCGCAGCCCGCGCAGCCCGCGCCCGCCUCGCCCACCAGCAGAGGUUGCGAAGCUCGGAGUCCGUCCCCGCUCGCCACUCGCGAAUGUCGCCGCGCCUGGCCGCGUCGCGAUCCCGCCUCGCCACUGCUGCGACGAGCGCUGUCGCCGGACAGACUCCACCCGCGCUCUGCCGAGGCGAAGUGCUCGAUAUCGCCGCUGUGCUGCACGGGCGUCGGCUCCAACACCGUCAGCACCGUGGUCACCAGCGGCCGGCGCGGCAACAGCUGGCGCGCACCCGCCCCCGCGCCGCCCACCCCGCCGCCGCCCGACAAGCCCGACGAGCCCACCUUGCCGAGGAUAGCCGAGGAGAAGGACUCCCCCACACACCACGCUGUGAGGCUGCCGGUCAGGACUCCAGCUAAACAAAGCACGCCGAGCAUCUUCACGUCGUCGCCCAAGACAAGUCUGGACAAGUCCGCGUUCGACACGAGCGCGUCGUUCGCGUCACUGUCUCUGUCUGACGAGUCGUUCGUCGACAGCAGCAUGGACAUGUACAAUCUUGACACGUCACGGGAUAUGACACUUGAUGACAGCAGAUCAAGCACAGAUAUCAGUAUACCCCCGUCAGAGUACAGCAAGAAACCCAUCACAAUGCCAGAACCAACGCCGCCCGUCACAGACGUACAACCAAAAGCGAGGAAAAAAUCCGACUCCUCUCUCAAAGACGAAGAAACGAAACCCAAGGAGAAAUCGAAAUCCAAACAAGAGAAAGAGUUGAAAAAACAAGAUUCGGUCAAAAAUAUGGCAAAAGAAGAGAGAAAAGACUUCAAAAUCGAUGAGAAACAUCAAGAUCCCAAAAUAGAUGAAAAAUCGAAGCAGGAUAAGGGUAUGGAAAGAAGUGGUUCUGUCAGAAAAUCGGAGAUUAAAGAAAAGAAACAACAAGAGAAAAGGGAAGAAAAGAAACAAGAGAAACAGGAAAAGGAAAAGAAGCAACAGGAGAAGGAAGCGAAGAGAUCAGAAUCGAUUAAGAAGUUGGAAGGUUUGAAAAGACAGGAGUCCGUAGAGGCGUGUAAGUCUCCGGAAGCACCAGAGAGCAGCGAGGGUAGGAGCAAGAACAGCAUGGUCAGCAAACUGCUCGGCGUCAUGGGCCGCAAGCGAGACGACGACGAACGGUGCAAGAAAGAUAAACACGCUAAGAAAAAGAAUACUCCUAAUCUGCCGCCUCAGCCGGCGCAAAGUCAGAAGCAACCCGAAGCACAAACCACAGAUAAAACUAACGAAAGGCAAGACACAGAUGACAAAAAAGCGCGGAAGGGGCGGGGGAGAGCCUCCAGCUCGUCCUCCGCCGAGAAGUGAGAGGAAUACACAUCUUCACUUCUUGAUGCAAGAGCUAGCGGAAAAUUUGAUAAGGUGCUUUAGCAAAACAAACUUUUCAUUUCUGUAAGCUAUCGUUUUGGUAAUUUUUAAUAUUACUGUAGCGAAUUUGCGAUGUAUUUUCGCAAAACAGUAAAAAAGUGCAUUUUUUGAAGAAAAUUUAUAUGUAUUAUAUUCAUUAUUAAAUAUUUUGUAUUUAAUGACAAUUGGAAUAUGCUUUAAGAAAAUAUACUGGCAAUAAUUUUAAAGAUAGACUCGGUCAGCGAAACGAUGUGGGAGCUGGGAGUCCAUGGCAAUUUUGUCUUAUUGAAAUUUAAAAAAUAAUUGAAAACUUAAAUGUAGACAAUAUAUGCUUCCUCUUAAGCGGUGGUAGUUUAUUGAGAUUAAAAAAAUACGAUGUAGGUAAAUCAGGUUGAAUAAAAUAUUUUAACUUUGAAGUAAAAUUUAAAAUAGGGGUGCGGUAAAUUUUUUGUAGGCCUUGGGCGGCGUAAACCCACGUUACGCCAUUGAAAUCAUCAUCACAAAUAAGAUAUAGAAAUUAAAGCACUUGCUCAAAUUUUUCCACGAGCUCUUCGACUAUUUCUGUAGAAAGUAGUGAACGCUUCGAGCUUUAACAAUUUAACUAUGAGAGUGAAGUGAUCGGUUCUGUGCGUGUUAAUAUAGAGACAGAUAUAUUUCUAGCCAUAGCGAGAGGAAACGAAUAAGAUAUAUUUUCGUCAUUAUGUCGUUUACUACCUUUUCACUUAGUGUUAAUGUGAUGUGAGUAUUGUUAUAUGUGUUGUCUGCAAUCGAAAUGAUACUGUAACACUAUGUAUUUGAGUACAAUUUACGAUAGCACAACGGCUUCUAUUUAUAGAUUUUUUCAACAAAUAACCUCAUUUUUCUUGACUAAAAGGCAGAAUAACUCUUGUGAACAAUGACAUCAAUAAAAAGUUUUUUUUUUAAAUUGUAACAUGUAUUGGACUGAAUAAAUACAUUUUGUCGCAGUUUUCCUACAUGACCAAGAUACCAAGAUAGUAUAAUUGUGUUAUAACAAUUAAUAUUAUGUUUUAACUAUGGUCCUAAUUACUUGACACUAAUGAAACUAUGACGUCACAAAAUGAAAUGAAAAAAAAAACGAAGAUUCGCAAACUUUGCUUUUAUUGCUUAGUCCGCUGGAUGGACGAAUUAAAUUUAUAUAACUUCAAUUUGGAAUUUAAUGUCAAAAUCAAAAACAUGAUGAUGUUAAUGCUUUAUUUGCUAGUAAAUGAAAUGUAAACAAAUGGCUAUUUGACAGUUUGACAAAAAACGUAAUUGUUAUGAUACUUGUAAUUUUUAAGUAAACAAGUUUUACUAUAUUUUUUGCAUUUAAAUAAAUAGUAUAUAUUUAUAUUUUUGAUAAAAAUUUGUGAUUUUUUUAUGUGUCGUAUAUUAACCGAAACAGCUGGUCAUGUGGCAUGUGUCAGUUAUGACAUUAUUUAAUUAAAUUUCGGAAUUAUGUGAUACGCAUACGUCGUUCAGUUAACUUAGUUUGCUUAUUAACAAGUGACGUCACGGUUCAUGUGACAUGUCACGUGACAAGUUGCUAUACAGUGAAUAAAUAAUUGAUUUUUUUUAAAUAUAAAAAAUGUCUUUCAUCAACAAUAAAGGUGAGUAAGAGGUGUAAAAUACCUACUACAGUUAUUUUUUUUUUAAUUUAAUUUUGAAAACUGUUAAGUAGCUAAUUGUUCGAAGUCGUUGUGACUAUGUUGGCUUUCUCUUUAAAUAUCAAGUACGGUGUUAUUUCAAAUAUUUUGUAAUAUAGAUCUUUUAUAUACAAAUAAAAAAAAACUUUAUUAAUAAAAUAUUGAAUAAACUAAUGGAUGGUUUCUUGGUGUUCUUUCGAAAUAAUAUGUCGAUGUUGUGUAUUGUAUGUAUAUUGUAAGAAUUAAUAGUAGAAUAAAAUGAAAAAAAAUGCUGUAUCACAAAAUGGAUAAGUGUAUAGAAUUUGUCUGAAAUAUAUUUUAUUUUUUAAAAUUGUGACAUGCAUGUGACUGGGUUCGAAAUUAGAAAUAUGAAGUUUUUUUUCUUCUAAAUUUAUGUCUACUGCUCCGGGUUCUGGCCCUUUUGAAUAUUUUUUUUUGUCAAUAUUUUUACGACAGUUUUUUAUAAAGUUACAUAAAUACAUUUUAAAAUAUUUUUUGUAAGUUAUUCUGAUAUUUUACAGAUUGUCUUGUAACCAUUUUUUUUUUACUUUCUUAGGGUCAACACAGACCGAUUUUUAAAUAUUGCGGCUGCGGUGACCCUAUGAAAUUAUAUUUUUUUCUUUGUAAGUGAUAUUAAUUUUUUUUUAAAUUUUGUAUGCAUGCCAUUAUUUCGAGCCCUGUCUGUCAGUAUUACAAAGUUGAGGCGAUUUAUUUAGUUGUAAUAUAUUUUUAUUAGAUAUGAGUAAUGUAUGCUUUGGAGUAAAAAAAAACGUAACUAUUCGUGAGUGAGAAUGUUAACAAUUUUUUUUAAUCUCAUAGAUUUAGUUUGAGGGAGUUUAGUGAGUUUUGAGAACUCAAUUUCAAUGAUUGUUGAAAAUGUCGCUGAUUGUGUUCUGUUAUCUCUUGCGCUAUUAAAAUUUAAUUUUCUGUGGACGUUUUUGCUAUAGUUGAAUAUUGUGAUAAUAUUUUUAGAGUUAGUUGAGUUUUUUUUUCUUUGAUUAACUUUUUUGUACCUUUUAUGUAAAGAUAUUCCAAGUUAAAAUUCACAAUAUAAUCACAAAUAUUGUUUUUGAUUUUGGAAGCUGUUACUGAAUCGUGUAUAUAUUGUUUACGAUCAGAGGUCCUGGGUUCGAGCUUUCCCCUAUAGGAUGUUUUUUGUUACAGACCCACCAAACUGCUCCAUUACGGAUUGGCGGUGUUAGGGUAAUUGUGGUCUCUUUGACGAUCACUAUCAGAUGUUAAUGAUAAUGACUUAGAGCAACUGCUUAUCAUGCUGAGAUAGACACCACUGACUAGACUUGUUUAGUAAUUAUUGGAGAAAAUCAAUACCCAAUAUGACUCAUGAUUAAGGGCCUCGUAUGAGUUUGAAACUAGUCUGGCGUACUCCGACUUUGUGUCACGUGAGUUUUAGCCGUUUUUCAUAAUAAAUUAAUAUGAAUAAUACUCAAAAUAGUUUAAAUUCUAAAAACUCAAUAUUUUAUAGCACUUCAGGUAAGUUGUGGUGUAGAAACCGAAAGCGGUGUGGAUUUUUAUCCUCCUCCUAACAAGUUAGCCCGCUUUUAUCUUAGACUGCAUCAUCACUUACUAUCAGGUGAAAUUGUAGUCAAGGGCUAACUUGUAAAGAAUAAAUAAAACAAUUUUAAAUAACCUUAAUCGAUAUAUAUAUAUUUGGCUAGUAAAAAAUCCUAUAGAAAAAAGUGAAAGUUAUGGUACUUGACUAAAAUGGUAUUUAAUUUGGAAAAUCUGUUUUUUUUAUUUAGUUUUCUUCUAUUAUUUUUAGUAAAAAAAAUCUGAAAAAAGUACGGCUGCAUAUGGUGGAAAUUGCCUAAAAUAAUUUUUGAAUUUAGUUUGGUUUAGCUGUUUUAUUUUUUUUUUAUAAUUUAGAUCUAUUAUUUUUAACGUUUAAUGUAUGCAUAUUGUUAAUUGUUUUUAGUGUAAAAAAAGAAUACACUUUUACACAUAAAAAAAAUGUUCGAUACAAGAAUUUAGUUGAAUAUAAUUUUUUUUUUUUGCUUAUUUAAGUGAAAAAAAAAACUAAUAUGUAGCUUAAUAUUUCCUAAGGUAUUUUUCUUCGUAACGAUUUAAUAACGAUUAAAAAAACUGUUAAAAAGUACUCAAUUUAUUCGCAUUUGAAAUUUUUCUGUUGUAAAUAUUAUUUGUAAUUUUUAUCACUAUUCAGUAAUCUGAGUACAUAGAAAAAUAUGUAUUUAAAAAAAAGUGAAUUAUAAAAUUCUCAAUUUUUGAAUAUUGCAUUUGGCAUCUUUUUUAAUAACGUAUUUUAAAUAAGUUACAGAGGCUUUGUCUUCCAGGUAUCCACAUUUUUUUUUGUAUAUAAUGGAAGGUGUAUUAACUUUUAAUUAAGUAAAAUAACUAAUUAAUAAACUUGUAAAAUAUUUUUUCUUUAGUGCGAUAUCUAAAAAAUAGGGUUGCCAUAUUUUUAGUAGCAGAAAAAUGAGACAAAGUUUUUCAUGAACAUGAAAAAAAUACUUUAUUAACUAGAGGAUACCGUAACCUUGUCCUCUUUUAGACCUCUUUAAUCCGGCCCUGUCGCAAUCUGUUGUUUGCAGACGUCUUAUAAUUCGAAAAUUAAAAACUACCUCCCUGCUAAAUUUCAUCUUUUUACGUCGUGCAGUUUUUGAUAUUGCGUGAUAAGUUGAUAUAUUUGAUGAUCUUUCAUUUUUAUUUUCUAUAAUAAAUAGUAGUUGACUGAAUAGUAAUUGUUUUUUUUAAUUACACAUUUUAAUAUAUCUCGUGCGAAUAUCGCAGUAUAAUCAAACGUUUGUGCUAUUCCAAAAUACGAUCUAUAUUUGCAUCAAAUUUCAUGUAGAUGGGUCCAGCCGAGACUAAUUUUAUAGAUUACUAACAUAGGUGCAUUAUUUCUUCAUGAAAAAAUAAUAUAUUGAAACAGCAGUGGCAACCCUAUUAAUAAGAUGUUGUGUAUUUACAUACGUCCUAUUUAUAAUAAUAUUUUUUUUUAAUAAGUUCAGUGUAAAAUUCAGUCUAUUUAGACUGAAUUUCAUAUUGUUGAAAGUUGUUACUUAUUUUUUUUUUUUUUAACGUCAAAGUAUAAAAUUUCUAAUGUCAUUUUUGUUUAUAUUCGUAUAUUAACAAAAUUGAAUACCUUAACAAAUACAAUAUAGUUUAAACACUAACAUGUAAAUAUGAUGUCUAAUGCAAUUUUAUGAUUUAAUAACUCAUAAUAAAAUUACCUAAGUAUGUAUUAUAAAAUAUACAUUAUUAUGUUAUAAAUAUGGAGUACCUACAGAUGAAAAGAUUUCACACGUUUGAAAAAUAAAAAGUUAGUUCUCAUUAA